AUGAACAACCCCAACCAUGUAGUGCCCUCGGGCCAGCACUACUCCGGCCGCAAUCGCGUGCCCAAUAUCCAGGAAUUCAUGGCUCAGCUCGACCGCGAGAAGCAAGAGCGGGACGCUGAGAUUGAUGCCCGCCUGCAGCCAAACGACCAGUCCGGCGAAGUCAAGGAGCACCAGCAACGCGACGAGAAAACCGAGAAGGCUGAACGCAAGGACGCUCGUUGGGUGCGUGAUCCCGUCACUGGCAAGGACGUGCAGAUUCGCGACGCCAAAAUCGACUUUAAAAAGGCUACCGAGGACCCUCAGAUGUCGAUCCCAAACGAAAAUCUCGGCAAAGACACCACUGUUCCCAAGCCCGCGGACAUGUCUCGUGAGCAGUACCGCGAGACGAUGGAUAUCUCUGCACCACCCGACCCCGUGCAAGAGGGAGCCACAUCGGACGUGCCCAUUCGUAGCGAAAAGACGUCGGUCCUCUUUUACAAAACCCCGUCCGUAAGCUACGAGCCCAUGUUUGAGAGCCUCGAGAAUCGCGCCAAUGGCCUGUGUAUUGGCAUCUUUGUGGCCGUUGUCUUUAUCGGCAAACUUUUCGGCGGCAGGCUCCUUGGACUGGUCCCCCUUGGUUUCUGCAUCUCGGCUGGUGUCUUUCUCUGGUGCAAGGAGCUUAUCCGCCAGGGCCGUGAUGUUGAGUGGUCCAGCGAGCAGGCCCGCGGCGAGACGGCGAAGGUCAACCUGAUUCCCGAGUCAGUAGAGUGGAUGAACACGGCCAUUGGCAUAAUCUGGGGCCUCAUUAACCCUGAGGUCUUUGCUGCUGUUGGCGAUACCCUAGAAGAUGUCAUGGCGGCGUCUGUUCCUGGCAUCAUCGAAAACAUUCGCGUCGCUGAUAUUCAUCAAGGCAGCAACCCCCUUCGAAUUCUGAAUAUGCGUGCGCUGCCAGACUCCCAUGUCCAGGAUAUCAAGGCCGACAUCCGAAAGCAAAACGAAAAGACCAUGGACCCCAACGAAAUGGCGGCCAUGGAGCAGGCUGGCGAGUUUUACAACAUGGAGGUUUCUGUUGCGUAUCACGCAAAGCCCUCAGGCCAGGACGUUGCCUCCAAGGCUCGCAACAUGGGCAUGCAGCUUGUCUUUUAUCUCGGUAUUCGUGGACUCUUUGGUGUUCCUUUGCCUGUCUGGGUUGAGCUGCAAGGUCUGGUGGCCACUGCUCGCCUCCGACUGCAGCUUACACCGGACCCGCCAUUCCUCAAGACCAUGACAGUCACUCUCAUGGGCGUCCCCAAGGUUCAGGCUGGAUGCACUCCCAUGAUCCAGACCGGCGUUAAUAUUCUCAACUUGCCUCUGAUUUCCAACUUUGUCAACUGGGCUAUCUCGGCGGCGGCCUCCAUGUACGUCGCGCCGAAAAGCUUGACGCUCGAUGUUAGCAGCAUGCUCACGGGCGACGACAUCAAAAAGGAUACCAUCGCCAUGGGUGUUUUGUAUAUCCGCAUCCACAAGGCAGUGGAUCUCAGCAAACAGGAUCAACGCGGCAGCAAAGGUGGCGGCUCAGACCCGUACAUAACCAUCUGCUGGAGCAAAUUCUCCAAGCCACAAUUCUGCACUCGCGUAAUUCAGGAUGAUCUGAACCCAUAUUUUGGAGAGAGCUGCGGCCUCUUGGUCACACCUGACAUCAUUCAGGCAGACGAACAGCUCUCCGUGGAACUCUGGGACAGCGACAGAUCCUCCGCCGACGAUGUUGUAGGCAAGGUUGAGCUGAGUAUCCAAGAGCUCAUCCAGCACCCUGGGAAGUUCUUCCCCCAAGUUUCCAAGCUCAAGGGAAUGAACGCGGAAAGCAGCAUGCCGGGUGAGCUGCAUUGGGAGGUAGGCUUCUUUGGCAAGACUCUUUUCCGCAAGGCUCUACGAACGGACGAGCAGAACCCGAAUCUGCCUGAAGAGGUAAAAGACAAGCCACAGACUGCGGAGCGCCAAAACGCCGUACCCCAGACUUCUGAAGAAGACGCAGCUCUGGUCACACCACCUGAUCCGCUCUGGCCCUCGGGUAUCCUCAGUGUUGUUGUACAUCAAAUUGUCGGCCUUGAACUAGCCAACGUCCGCGGCUCGGACGGGAACCGCAAGGGCAAGGAAUACGAGCCCGCUCGUCCCGAGGCCGGCGAAGUGAAGGAGGCCGAAAGCAAGAAGCUUCCUAGCUCAUAUUGCACGAUUCUCAUCAACGACGAUUUGGCGUACAAGACGCGUACCAAGGUUGUAUCCUCGCAGCCCAUUUUCAAUGCUGGUACUGAGAAGUUUGUUCGUGAUUGGCGUUCCGCGAUCGUAACCGUUGCCGUUCGCGACUCCCGCCAUCGACAGCACGACCCUCUCAUCGGGGUGGUUCCUCUCAAGGUCUCGGAUAUUCUACAAACAAGCAGCGAAGUCACUCGAUGGUACCCUCUCGAUGGCGGCAUAGGAUUUGGUCGCGCCCGUAUCUCGCUCUUGUUCAAGUCGGUGGAGCUGCGCCUACCGCCACCAGAAAUGGGCUGGGAGAUUGGUACUUUUGAAUUUACAUCCGACAAGAUUGAGACAGUGGGCUACGCGCCGUCGUCAAAGGCCAAGCUACGCUUUCGCACAGGUGGUUCGACGGCCAGUGUCCGGCGCUCGUGCUCAGCCAGAGUCGGCGACAACAUGACGUUUGACGUGAGUGGUAACGAGAACAGCCACGAAAUCCGCCUGCCUGUGCGCCACCGAUACAGAUCGCCUGUAUUCCUCGAAUUCCACCCCACGGGAAAGCGCCAUUCGGAAGGGUUUGCUGCCAUUUGGCUAAAGGACCUGAAGGACUCUGACGAGCAAGAGUUUGACGUGCCUCUGUGGAAGUGCAACAAUUCCCUGCGUCUUGCUCAAAACUACAUUACCGAAGAAAACUUCAAAGAGGUUCCCGAUCUCGACAUUGAAGAAAUCGGUCGCGUCAAAUUUCGCGGCCGCUUCUCGCCAGGCACAGACUCCGACCACAUCCGCUUCGUCAGCGACAACGACUCGCGAGAGACCAUUGAAACAUGGGAGGCAUGCUUUGCGGAAGGUGUUCGUGAAAAGGAAGUCAAGACGGAGGUGCCACCGCUGACUCAGGAGCUUCAUGAUAACUCGUUAACACAAGGCCGCGACGUUCUCGCGCAAGCUACCGAUCGAGAGCGCAAGAGGUGGCUGGCCAAGGACGGCACCGACUGGACUAACGCCUUUGGCGAUGACCCUUCUCGGGCAAUGGCCGGUAGGAAACAUGGCGACGGAGAUGACGAUGUACCCGACGAGUAUGAGGCCGACGACGAUGCGGACAGCGAUGAGGAAACUAGUGGUAGCUCCGGCCCCGCCACGGACGCGUCACUAGGAAGAGGAGGGGAUCUUCAGUCCGCCAACGCAACACGAAGCAGCUUGAAUGAUACUGCCGACGGCCGUGUGUCACUCGAGACCACUGAGACAGCCGCCACGGGCGUGAGCGAUGCGUCGAAGAAGAGCCACGGACCACUCUCGGCGAUCAAGGAGUACCGCGAGAACAGCCGUGAUUUGCACCGCAAGCAGCGCGGGCUGAUGCAGUGGCGACCGAUGCGCAACGUGCAGUUUGCCAAGGAUGAGGUCAAGUAUCUCGCACGCAAGGUCAAGAACAUGACCGCUCUGGACGGCCGUAAGCCAGACGUUGAGACGGAGGUUUAG